CCCAUCUGGACGCACUGGCAUUAUCUUUCACCGGCAACUUCACUAAAAGAGAAACUACAAUAGAUAGAAUUACUACUCGCCGUCAAUCCUUAAGUGGUGCACUAGUCUUGGAUACUUAAGAGGAAGAUAUAGCCAGUAUCAACGAUUGGCAAGUGAUACAUGUCGUGAUAUUCGAUCGCAAAUCAGCGCCGGGCGCAGGUGGAAUAUAUAUAUAUACAUAUAUAUAUACAUAUAUUGCGAUUGGAGCUGUAACAAUUCGGGAUGGAGCUUCGAGGGAUUCUCAUUAUUCUGUUGGUGGCCUGCACCAGUGCCAUGAAAUCCGGGGAGAACAUGGGCGAGGGAACUCCGGAUCCGAAAAUCCAGUACUAUCAGCGCGAGGAGGCGCAGCCCGAGCCAGCUGCCGACUACACGCUGCCGCAGCAAGCGCAUGACUUCACGGACGCACCGGAGCAGUCUGGCUUCCGCGUCGUACAGGGCACAGUGUCGCCCGUCGUGCAGGGUAGCGCCGUGGCGGUUGACCUCGGAACCCUGGACCUGGACACCCUCGGAUUCCUGUCGGGCGUCGAUGUGGGCAGUGUGGGUGGGGGCAGCACCGCUCGGUCGGGGGCCACAAACUUCAUGCUGAACGUUCGACGAAGCGGCGCGGUCGGCAGAGCUAACGCCGGUGACGCUGCGACGUCGUCCGUCGACCGACAGGUGGUCGGUGGCGCCGCCACGCGGCCGAAGCAGGCCGUGGUUACGCAGGAUGCACCGCUGAGUAUCUUGUUUGGUGGAUUGAAUCCUGGGUCGGCACAGACGACGUCCGUGAGUGUCGACAGACAGGUGAUUGGCGGCAGCAAGACGAUCGGUGACAGCUCUGCGCUGUCGUUUGACGGGUCGGGCUCGUUAGUAGGCUCGGGUAAGCCAUUUACUACGUCGUUUGGAGUUCGAGGAGCAACUACAGAUAACCACGGAAUUACUUUCGGCGAGUUCCCCUCCACAGCUGACCAGCCUGCUCAGGCUUUUGGCAGCCAGCCAUUAGCUGCUGAUGCGUUCCCCGGCCCCCAAAACCAGAUAUACGCGGGUCAGGUCUCCGGCACAACCACACGCAAAUCUCCAGGAACUCGGGAGCCCAGCCAAGACGGGGUAGGAUACCUUGAGGGAAGCAUCUAUAAUCCGUAUUCGGACAGAAAAUUCGUCAGCCAACACGGGAAAUUCGUACGACCGGAUAAUCCACAAUAUCCCGGUCGAGCAUUUCCGGUCAGUGCCAGUCCGUCUGACAUCACGCAGGAUAGUCAGAGUACGGGAGGCCUUCUCGGGUCGAAUUACGAAACAACACCGCAGCAACAACAGCAGCAGAAACAACAACAGCAGCAGCAGCAGCAACAACAACAGCAACAGCAGCAGCAGCAGCAAUACACUGGAGUACAGCAGCAAUUCGCAGUGGCGGAUGGUAACUUCGCCGGCCAGUCCCGUCCGCUAGACUCUACUUACGGAGUGGCGUCCGCGGGGCAGCAGUCGGUGGUACCUGACACAGCCCCACUCGGAAGCAGCUUUGGUAUACCCACAUCAUCGGACACAAGCUACGGCUUACCAUUCACGGCGACAAAUCGAAAACAGAAGAGCGGUGCUACAGAAGGCAGGGCCGGACUAGCGGACACUAAUCAGUAUAUCGCUAGCGGCAGAGGUCUGUAUGGCAAUGUAGGUCGUCGCCAGUACGGCAAUGCCGGUGAUGGUCAGUAUGAAAUUGAUAAUCGUGGGCAGUACGGGGGUCAGUACGGCACGCAAGACCAGCUCGCUGGACGCGCGCAAUAUGACGGGCAAGGUCGGAACGCCGCACGAGUUCCGUUCGGACGUGGUCAGCAGUUUAGCAGGUUAGGUCUUGACCAACGCGAAUUGGUCGGGAGAGAUACUUACUGGGCCGAUUCACCGGGUCAACAAGGUGUCGGGAUUGGUGGGCAACAAACAGGUGGCAGAGUAGAGCCGCAACAGUAUGGCAUCGAUGCACAGAACCAGUAUGGAGCCGGAAUACAAAACCAACCCGCAUACGUCGACGCAGGCACACCGGGCCAAUAUGCAAGUACGCAAUACGGGGUCGGUGAACAGAGCAUAAACCCAUUUCUCACCGGUGACAGCGCUACACUUGGAGACACUCAAUUUGGAGGCGGAAACGCGGGUCCGUUUUCUCGACCGGCGUUCUCACGUGAACCACCCAUACAACUCGUCGGUCGGAAUACAGUCGGAAUCGAUCCGAUUUCGUUGUAUCCGUACGAAAACAAUGGAGCUUUGAUCAGACGCCAGCAGGCGGAAAAUAAUCAGUUCCAAGUCGGGAUUGAUCCUGUGUCGCUGUAUCCGCGCGAGGAGUUGAGAGCAGGACAGCAGGGCAAUCGACAGCAAACGUUUUCUCGGCAGAACGCAUUCGGCGCUAGUGGGUUAAGGCAGAACCGUUUCGGCGGUUUCAAUAGUCGGCAAACGAGCUUCACGCCGAACAACUUCGGCGGCUUCGGUAGCCAGCAAACCAGCUUUGCGACGAACAACUUUGGCGCUUCAACCCUCACCGGGAGCGCCGGACAGGUGCCGAACAUCGGCGUCUCCGUGCAGGAGAAACCCAGCACUGCAAUCGUCGGCAACUACGGCAUAUUCGCCAACGUCGGCGCGCCCAUCAGAGAGCAACAGCAGUCAACAUUCUCUGGUGUCUCCACACUGGGAGGGCGGCAGGACUUCGCGGCGAAUCAAGUCAACGGCAAUCUUUUCGGGCAGCGUCGUCGCGGAGUCGCCGGGUUAGGUGUCGGCAUAUCGGACGCGGGCGGCAUCCUCCCCGAAGAGCGACGAGCCGCCGUCAGCGUCUCGUCAGAGCAGGGCAACUUACAAACCGGUUCGUUUCAGUCGAACGGAAUAUUCAAUCCGUAUAAGAACGCCGCCGGAUCUUCCGCGAGAAGCGGAACCCGAGGCGGAUCCACGAGCAGAGCAGGAGAACAAGAUCCGAAACAGUCGCACGUAUCGCGGGGUAGAUCCCGAGAGACGAGUCAAAACCGUGUGAGGCUGGACAUCGGUAAUGGGCCAGGCUCUGAAUUCAUCGACAGAGCGACUCUUUACAAUCCUUUCGCUAGCCAGCAGCAAGAUGCCGGUACGAGGACGCAGGGAGGCCUGACGACGUACGGAGGCGUGGGCAACGCAGCUGCUCAAGACUCGGAGUUAACGCAGUACGGACGCGCCUUCAAUGGACAGGUCAGAGGCAUCACGGGUUCAGCGGGUGAGCGUGGCGGCCAGGUAGACCUGAGUCGCGGCUCGUCGACGUUUAGAACCGGAUUCGCUUCGUCAUCCGGAAGAUCAUCGUCAUCAGUAGACGAUGGCUUCAUUUUUCCGUGGAAGACGACAGCCUCUCAGCAGCAUCGCAUAGGCGGCGCCGGAACGAGGAUCGGCGUCAGUUCUCGGGGCGGCGAUAGGCAGCCGGUCCACUAUCAGAUACCAGGGUUUGGCAGCAGCUUCCAGACACGCGAGCGUGCUAGUCAGCUUGAUGCUGGCCAGGAUGAUAGGCAAAGGACAAGGCUGUCGGGCAGUGAAGACAGGUCUCGCGCUACAAGCCGCGGUAGCAGGGCAGGUAUAGGAGCCGCCUUUAUAGAUGUCCAGAAUGACUCUGAUUUUGUUGCUGGGCGAAGAAAAGGGCAGGUGGACUACCAAGGCAGGUCACGCGCUACAAGCCGCGGUAGCAGGGCAGGUAUAGAAGCCGCCUUUACAAAUGGCCAGAAUGCUUCUGAUUUUGUUGCUGGGCGAAGAGAAGGGCAAGUGGACUACCAAGGCAGGUCACGCGCUACAAGCCGAGGAAGCAGGGCAGAUGCCGGCUUUGACUUUAUAGUUGAUCGGGUUGAUUCUCCGCUUGUUGUUGGACAAGGAGACGGUCAAGUGGACUACCAGGACAGGUCACAAACCACAAGUCGCGGUAAUAGAGCAGGUUCAGGCAGAGGAAAAGGGAUAGUGGACUACCAAGGUAGGUCACGCGCUACAAGCCGCGGUAGCAGGGCAGGUAUAGGAGCCGCCUUUAUAGAUGUCCAGAAUGACUCUGAUUUUGUUGCUGGGCGAAGAGAAGGGCAGGUGGACUACCAAGGCAGGUCACGGGCUACAAGCCGAGGAAGCAGGGCAGAUGCCGGCAUUGACUCUAUAGUUGGUCGGGUUGAUUCUCCGUUUGUUGUUGGACGGGGAGACGGGCAAGUAGACUACCAGGACAGGUCACAAACCACAAGUCGAGGUAAUAGAGCAGGUUCAGGCAGAGAAGAAGGGAUAGUGGACUACCAAGGCAGAUCACAAACAGUAAAUCGCGGUGGUAGUACGGACACUCGUAGAAACUUCGACGACCUGCGUAGGGCAGAAGACAGACGCCAGGGUCGAAUAAUCAGCAACUCAGUCGUUAGCUACGAUACGACGGGCUCAGACGACCUAUCACAGGUUAAUGCAUGGACGGGGCGAGGUAGAAAUCGAAGACCGAUCGCGGCCGGCGGUACUGUUGCCGGAGAUAGCGUAGCGGAAGGAAGCGUCGGCACUAACAUUGGGGUGCGCUUUAGCGAACAAGAUAUCAAACGCUAUCAGCAGAGAACGUUUAAGCCGGCGCAUGUAACGUUCGCUCCGGUACAGACACCUGGUAGAGACUUCAACACGAUUGUUCGGACGACCGCUAAGCCGUAUACGGAGAGACCUGUGGCCAGGCGUGUACCCGACAUUCCGGCGGUUAUCACGGGACAGAGCGUGAUACUCAGCGAUGAUAGAUUGCGUGACGUGAACGUACACUGCGACACGCAGCGGAAGGUGAUGGUCAUCAACCUGCACUUCAACAAACCGUUCUCCGGCUCCGUCUACCCGAAGGGCUACUUCAAAAACUCCGUGUGCAAUCGAGCAGUAGAGAGUCUCACUGAUCCAGUUAUCGAGAUUCCCCUUGACGGAUGCGGCACAGUGGAGGGAGACUCGUUCGCCACCGAUAGACCCAGUGGGGUGUUCGAGAACACGGUCAUAGUGAUGAACGAUCGAGUGUUCAACGUGUUGUGGUCAACCGACAGAGCCUACACGGUCCGCUGCACAACCGGAACCGGAUCCGCGAACAAGCGUGUGUCGGCCGGUAUCACAGUUCCGAUGGUGCGCGGGACAACACUGCCACCUGUCGACGCCCUUACAAUGCCAGACAUCUAUCUAAAGGUUAUAGAUGGCAGGGACCCGCGGUCAACACCCACCAACACGCUGCUCGUGGGCAAUUUGGCUUCCAUCGUCAUUUACUACGAUAACACAGAUGACUGGGGAAUAUGGGUGACUGAUUGCUAUGCUCACAGCGGCACCGAGAUAGGAAGAGUGGAUCUCAUAGAUAAUAACGGAUGUCCUAUUAAUCGGAAACUGAUCGGGAAGUUCAACAAUAAUCCGCAGUACAACGGAAAUGGCGUCACCUACGUGUACGCCAUCUUUAAGAGCUUCAAAUUCCCGGACAAGGAGAAUGUCUAUUUCGAAUGCAACGUGAACAUCUGCAAGGACAACUGUGAAGCCAAGCAAUGCCCCUCUAGUGGCAGACGCGGUAAACGCUCGCUGGACGUGGAGGAGGACGAGAGCGAGGAAGAGGCUACCGAACAUACGCAGGAGAAGCCAUUCAAGCAGACGCUAUCGAACCUAGCUCAGACUACCAACGUCUACAAAGGCAUCCGGAUCUAUCUCUCCGGAGAGUCGGGAGCUAACGAAUUCCUUCAUCGAUUCAAUAAUCGCUACGUGAAACACGGCGACGACUGCGUGGACACGAUGGUUCUCGUCUUGUCCUUCUCCAUCAUGACCCUGCUGCUCAUCUCAACCUUCGUCACGGUGGCGCUCAUGUUCGCCAGAUGGCGGCACCAUCAGCUGAUCAGAGAGAAGGUUGCCGAUGUAUCGAACGAAUACUACCUGAAGCCGCUGCAGUUUACACCGGGGACGACCGCCGCCUAUCGCUAGUAGUGAAGAGAUGAUCCGAUGAUUUGCUCAGUUUGCCAACCGAGAGGAUGCAGUCUAUAAAUCGACACAAAUCGUUGCAAUUUUAGCUUGCCGUAAUGGCAUAUAAUAAUGAAUCAGCUUAUAUAUAUAUGAGUAUAUGCAUAGAUA